CAGGUGGAGCGACACAUGCCCCAGCUCGCCGCCUCCCCCGCGCCCGCCGCCUUCGCCGUCGCGGGCGGCGGGGGCCGCGCCGGGUUCCGGCCCCCGCCCCGCGCGGCGACGCGGGCGCGGGCGGCGGCGGCGGCCGCUUCCGGAGCCGCGAGCGCGUACACGGCGGUUCAGCAGCAGCCGACGUUCUACGACCUGCUGGGGAUCUCGGCGGAGGGGAGCAGCUUCGAGGACGUGAGGGCGGCCUACCGGCGGAUGGCGCGCAAGUACCACCCGGACGUGUCCCCGCCGGACGCCGCCAAGGAGCACACCCGCCGCUUCAUCCAGGUGCAGGAGGCCUACGAGACGCUCUCCGACCCCAGCCGCCGCACCACCUACGACCGCGCCCUCGCCCGCGGCGUCUGCCGCCUCGCCUUCUCCCCCGCCGCGCGGCGCCACGACGCCUCCGCCUUCUACCACCAGGAACAGGAAGAGAAGUCUGGCUGGAGGACAUCGUGGGAAGGCCAAAUAUCCGAGCUGAAGAAGCGGAGCACGGUGAAGGAUGCAGAAGAGAACCUAUCCUGGGGAGCUCAGAUGCGAAGAAGAAGGGCCGAACAAUUGUGACAGUGCACCUCUUACACUCUUAUGUCCACUAGCCAUCCGUACCAUCUAAACUGUCGAUAUCUUUGUGUAGCAAAAGUUAGGAAGGUUAUUCUUAAGAAGCAUGGUUAGGAUCGGAGUACAGCCAUGGCGCUGCUUGAGUCUUGCCUGGUGUAUGCUAAACCAUACUACCAUACAUGGCUCACAGGAAACAUAUAGUUCGACUAGGUGCCAGGAUGUAUGUUGAACCCAACGGCGUCGCUCCUCCUUGAAUCUUUACCUGAUGAAAUGUAAAUAUAAUGAGACAGAAGUAAUCAAAUCUAGUUGUACUAUGAACUGACGAUUUGACCAGUGGAAUUUUCUUGAGGUGA